GUUGUAAGAACUUGGGAAACUGAAAAACCUUACAAGAACACAAACAACAGGCUAUCUCUAACGUUUAAAGACGUUUAUGGCUGGUAGGCCUACCAUUGAAAUCUGCUCACCCGUCUCUAGGUUUGUGUUGAACCAGUAUGUUGCUUCGGUAACGACUGUUGUUGUGUUGUGCAGUGCAGUUACCCGCCCGAUCGAGGAAUUAGGUCAUUCUGAUUACUUUUGUUUUAUAUAAUUUGCUUCACCGAAGUUAACAAUUUGCUGUUUUAGCUUUUUUACGUUUGAUCUGUUUGACAUCUUUGAGAUAUGCAGCUCAAACGUAUUUUAACGUUUACUAGAUGAUGCACUUUAUUUGGACAGUAAGCACUGUCCAAAUAAAAAGACGCUUCAAAUGCAAACAGGAGGAAACACAUAAUAUGGGUUGCCAUGCAAAAUUAAUAUUCAAAUUAAUUCUGUGUUACUAGAAUUAUUGAGUGAUUAAAUUUUGUACCAAUUUUUGCUUAUUAGAAAUCUUUUCAUAAUAUUUACAUUUAUUUUCGAACAUAGCCCUAUUGAGGAUUACGAGAAUCUCUUUACCGUCUAAUUUAUGACUGAAUCCCUGAAGGCAAUAAUACAGAAUUGUGGCAUAUACAAGCAUGAGCAAGAAAAUGAUUGAAAACACAUACUCUAUCAGGCAUCAAACAUCCUCUUCAGCUGGGGAUAGUGCUUUAGUCAGAAAAGAAAUUCUUGUCCCAAAGCAAAAACCUUUGUUUAGCGAAGCAUCGAGAAUCAUCCAGCGAGCAUGGAGGAGACAUGUUGAUACAGCUGUUUUCAAGCACCUCAAGAAACUUGUGAACUUCCAUAAUAAAGGAGACCCACGUCUGUUUCUACGGUUCAUUAACCCUGUGGAGGCUAAGAUUUUAGACGCUGCUUCAGGGGCCAUCGUCCGUUUCAGACUAGGGGGAACUUCCUAUCCCCCAGAUAUCUACUACAAAAUCUACACCCGUGCACCAGUAGUGGACAUGUGUGCCUCCAGUCCUAAAGAUUACACACGUGCACUGCAAAAGAAACUUGUGCCGGGACAGAUCCACAAUGGCCAACUGAUGAUCUGUGCUGAGGAUCACUCUGGGUGGUACCAGCGGGUAGAGAAUAAUGGCUGGAGAAUUUUGUCUUGCAGGAUUUCGGCAUUCAAAGACCCAAUCGCUCAGGACACCAACUGCAAGAAGAUAGAAUUCCAUUACUGCAGAAUAAAUCGGCAACAAGAUGUUGCAAGAAAAAAGAAGAUUAGAAAGAUUGAAUGGAUGAGAAAAAUGUAUGCAGUAGGACUCCUGCAAGCUCCCCAAGACAGUGAAACAGCGUUGUUGAUGCAGAAAUCUACACUGAGAUCGAUGAAUUCACUGGAACAGAUUGAACCAGAUUCUGUUACAGAUAAGGAAGUAGAUGAUUUGCUUGCAUGGACCAACUCUCUCAACUUUGAUGAGUAUAUCAAUGAAUGGAUGGAUUUGGGUACUAGCAAUUGUUGCAUACAGAACAAACGAUGAAGUGGUGACCCGACAUGUAACUACGGCGCUAUUCUACACAAAGUCUGAUUUUACUUGUUGAUGUCAAUAAAUAUUUUACGAACGC